GCGACGGAACAACCGUCAGUGUAAAUCAAAAUGGCGAGUGUGAUGACGGUCCGUGGCGGAUGGCGGCGCGUUUCGCUCGCACUCGCGUCUCUUUAAACGGGACGCACGCGAUAAUGUGAUCCACGUGACACUCGCGGUGACUGCGGAGGGCUACGAUCGGCGCGUUCGAAGGCUCGUCGCGCUGUUUUUUUUCCUCCCUUUCUCUCUCUCUCUCUCUCUCUCUCUCUCUUUCUCUUCCCUUCUUCGGCAGCGUACGAGCAACGUCCCGUGCAGCGUGACCGGACGUCCAAGCACCCUCCUGUCUCCAGGGGCGAAUUCACGACAGGGUGACAGCGACGCGCCCGAUCUGCCGCAGCUAAAUCAUACAUCCAGAUGACGCGAUGACGCUACAUUGGUGGAUGCACUGGUUCUGGGUUACUGCGCAAUUUCUUGUGAUUCUUGGGAGUCCUUUGCCGUCUACCACAUCGGACCCCCUUAAGUCCCAACCAUCCUCAAGGACGACGUCCUCGUCGAUUGAGAUCGAAGAUUAUCGUACGUCAAAGUCAACCAGACCGACUUUUCGUAUUGCCAAGGCUAUUGGACUUUAUCCACAGACAAAUACGGCCGUGGUGCCCGAUAGACAGCAAUCCGUCACUACUGUCGCCUCGUUGCUGCUGGAACGUGGAGGUACCGUCUCUGGGACGAACGUCCACGAGACAGUCGAGCUAAAUUUUCGUAGUAAUAUCUCUAACGUCGAACCGCUCAGCACGGCGACACCUCAGCGCGCCGCGGAGAACGUCGAAAGGAUCAGGAACUCUACCACGAAGAAGGACAGCAAGAUCACGUGGAUCUUGACAACAAACAAAUCGUCGGGUAGGCCGAAGUACGAUCAGGAAGAGAGGAACCAGUCUAGCGUCGCCAGCAGGAACGUCAGCUUCGAGGAAGUCGAGGAUCUCACCGUGCUACCUCUUCAAGAAGAAAUGUCGAAGGUCGAUCUCAUGUUGAAUAGGUCCUCUUUCGCAACAUCCUUGUCCGCGGCCGGGGCACCCGGUAACGCCGCGAUCAGGACGUUCAAUCGAUCCGAAGACGAGGUCGAGAUCGACGAGGAGGUGGCUCAGACGCAGCACUUCGCUACGGCGGCGUCUAUCCUUGAAGUUGGCGUGAGCGAGUCCACUCGUCUAAGUAGAGCGAGGAACACUUUCAUCACGCAGCACUUCCAAAGAGAUCAAGUGCAAGGAGACAAUCAGCCCCCUGAUUAUAACGAAACCGGUAGUAACGGCGAGAAUACUGAGCAAGGUUCGGCGACAUCCGCCGCGGGUAUAGCUGCUAUUACAGCCAGUUGUUUAGCGACUGUGGCCCUGCUCAGUACAAUGGGUAGUCUCGGAUUCAUUAUAUACAGGCGCAAGUACUUGAACCCUCCACAAACGUUGAACAGUGAUAAAUGCAGCAAUCCCGAUAGCUCCGGUUAUAUCGAUGAUUCCACUAUUCGCGAUAACUCGGAAGAAAUGUACAGUUUGGAUAACGAUUCGUUCCUAAAUUCGCUGGAGGCGAUGACAAUACAGAAUUACUGGACGGACAGUGUAAAGCAUACGAAGCUAUGACAAAAAAAGAUAACCCAUCCUGGAAAGAGAAUCGAGACGUUCAGCAUUUCCGACGGUGAAGCACACGAGCAAGUUUCUCUGCUUGAGCAAUAGUACUUACACAUCUGAGACGGAGCCGUAUUCUGAGAGAUUUGUGCAGGAAGCUUCGUUGCUCGGUGUAUGUCCAGAGGCGAUGAGGACGUUUGCAGCGUUUGUACGAGUCCCGUUAAUCAGUCUUGAUGGGUUGCAUCGAACGUUAGUUACCUUAGACUCUGUACAACGUAAAAAAUUGUAGAUCAAAAUUGCGCGAGACGGCGCGUAUCUGUAAACGUCAUUUCGCGACGUGCUGAUUUACGUCACUUCCAUCGUACCUAUAUUUUUCUACGACAGGCAAAGUCGCGUUGGACGAGAAGUGGCAGAAUUAUCCUCGGGAUAUUUCCAUUAACGAUAUAGUGCAAUAAAAUUAAAAUUGAUGUACUUUAUCAUUAAAUUAAUAAUAUUAUUCUAGAAAAAAGUAAGAGUACAAAUAAGGCUAUAUUAGUCCAUUAGCUAGAGCAUUUGCUAAAAUAACUAAAAGAAGAAUUAAUUUAAUAAGAAUAUUGAAGUAAUAUCCCUAGGAGAGUAUUUAUAGUACAAUGCUUCCAAUAACAUAAAUUGGAAUCUCGUAUGUACAAUGUUGUACUUACUGGUUUUAAAUCUUGAAUUUGAGUGCCGGUGUCUUCUACAGUUUCACUUUGAAGUUACAUUACAAUUACGAUGAUUAGCUCAGCCAUAUUGACAGUUGUUUAACCAUCAGAUAGCUGAAAUAUUUUCGAAGAGAACAGAUUUACGGAAGAUCGGACCAAAUCGUACGUAGAUCUAGCUUUACGCCUUUAUGACAUAUCCAGCAGAAUAUUGAUUCGUGUUUUCCAUUUGCGAGAAAUCUAGCUUGUACCCAUGUACAUAUACGUACCAUUGUAACGUUUUAUGUAUAGAUGUGCAAAUCUGUCGUUGCGCCAAGUGCGGCGUGAUUAAUUUUAAGUAGCGUUAGCAAUUACCCAGAUAUAUUUCUAUACAUCCAAAAUGGGGAAGGAAAAAAGACAGAAAAUCGAUUGUGAUAGAUCGUAGCGUUCAAUAUAUAUAAAUUUAUCUUUGGCUCGUCUAUGGUAACGGUUGUGAAUAAAUACCAUAUGUACAUGUAUUAUAUACAUUCCCGCCGUCCCUUUCCUUAUCUAUGAUCUUUAUUUUCAAUGUGAUCCGAUUAUUUCGAUUUGAAAUAGCAACUGGGCAGACGUCCGAAUUUUUACGAAUUUAGAUUUACAAUAUUUUACAAUAGAGCGUGUGUAAUAUAAUCUUUGUUCCAAAAAUUUAUUUAAAUAAAA